GCGACUCCUCCCGCCCUAUUUAUACUCUGCCCCCCGACCCGGCCGGUCGUUGGGGAGGUGGCUGGGCUUGACCAUGGCUGAGCAGCGAGAGGUGAAGGCCGCGCUGGUGAGUGAGACGAGGCGGCGUUUCGAAGCGGAGUACCUGCCGGAUAAAUCGGAGAAAUAUGAUUCCAGAGAUGUGGAAAGACUUCAGCAAGAUGAUAAAUGGGUUGACAGUUACCUGAUUUGGCGUCAUGAUGUUGUGGAUGAUACAUUAAAGAUGAUUGAUGAAAGCUUUCAGUGGAGAAAGGAAUAUACAGUUAAUGACUUGUCAGAAUCUGUCCUUCCAAAAUGGUUAUUUGAAAGUGGUGUUCUCUUUCUGCAUGGAUAUGAUAAAGAAGGCUAUAAACUGUUUUGGUUUAGAGUGAAGCAUCAUACAAAAGAUUCGAAACAGCAACUUGAUAAAAAGAAACUGGUGGCUUUUUGGUUAGAACAUUAUGCAAAGAGAGAUCAUGGAAAGCCCUUAACAGUGGUAUUUGACAUGGCUGAAACUGGAAUUAGUCACAUAGAUUUGGAUUUUGUUCGGUUUAUUGUGAGCUGUUUUACAGAUUACUACCCAAACUUCCUCACAAAGAUAGUGAUCUUUGAAAUGCCAUGGAUAAUGAAUGCUGCUUUUAAAAUUGUGAAGGGUUGGCUUGGCCCAGAAGCAAUAAGCCUGUUGAAGUUCACAAACAAGAAUGAUGUACAGGAAUACAUCAGUGGAGAGUAUCUACCACCUCACAUGGGUGGAACUGAUUGUUUCAAGUACAGUUAUCCUCCAUUGGUUGAUGAUGAUUUUCAAACUCCUUUAUGUGAAAAUGGACCAAUUACUAGUGAAGACGAGCAUGAAAGUAAAGAAGAGAUUGAUGCAGACACCAAGGAGGCUGGGGAGCCGAAUGAAGAACAAAACCUUAAUCAGAAAAAGGUGAAUUCUAUAGAACAGAUUUCCAAAUCAGAGGAAACUGACAAAACAGAGAUCAAACCAAAAAAUGCAAAGAAAGCAUUAACCACUUUUAAAGGACCUUUAUUACAUAUCAGCCCAGCAGAAGAACUAUAUUUUGGAUCCAAAGAAACUGGAGAGAAAAAAUGCUUGAUAGUUCUCACUAAUGUCACUAAAAAUAUUGUGGCUUUUAAGGUGAGAACAACUGCUCCUGAAAAGUACAGAGUAAAACCUAGUAACAGUAGCUGUGAACCUGGGACGUCAUUGGAUAUAAUAGUGUCUCUUCAUGGUGGUGUUGCAGCUUCUCUGCAGGAUCGUUUCCUUAUAAUGGCAGCAGAAAUGGACCAGUCUUCGGGAGCAGGUGUACCAGAACUGACCCAGUUUUGGAAAGAAGUACCUAGGACCAAAGUGAUGGAGCAUAGGCUCAGGUGUCAUGUUGUAGAAAGCAGUAAACCUUCUUCUCUGACAUUAAAAGACAACACACUUAAUAUUCCAGCAAAAACAAAUGAAGAUUUACAUAUACAGCUAACUCAUUUACUGCAAAUUAAUAAAAGACUUCAAGAGCAGAUGGAUCGCUGCCUCUGGUUCCAGCAGCUGUCAGUUGGUGUAUUGUUACUAUCAGUUACUAUUGUUGCCUUCUGCUUCUACCUUGCAUGAAACCAGGAGGCUAAAAAGAAUUGCUUUGCACUGUAUGUGCUGCCUAUCCCGGUUGCUUGGAGUGGAAGAGAUUGCAGUGCUCUGCUCAGAUUCUGGAACUGCCAAAAUGCGAGCCUACAACGAUGAACAAUAAUACAGUUUUCUGAAAAAAAAAAAAAAAAGAAGAAAUUAAUAACCAGCAAAGGAAAUUACUGAAAGUUGACACUUAAAACAGUGCACGAUAAAGCUGUUAGAGCUAGAACCAGUUUUCACUGUACAACUCCGUAAAAACUACUGAACUGGAAAGAGGAAACCAAAUACUACAACAUAAUUUAAGAUUGUUUAGGGUUUCUUUUCCUCUGUUGAACUACUUUAAAUACAAUAUUUCAUUUGUUUUCAUCAUAUUUAUUCUUACAUCCUGAAUUUCUCUCAUAGAAGGAGCAAGCAGUCAGCUUGAGUGUAUUUUUAACGUUAACUUGUUCAUUCAGGAAAAUUUACAGAAAUUAUGUAGUACAGGUGGAGUUUUUAUAUAAUCUUUGUACAUGCACAUAUAAAGAAAGAUAUUUGUUGCUUGUAAACAUCUUAGUAAUUCAGGCUUCUUGCUUUUAUUGGUUAAAUUACAUUUUUUUGCUUUUCCUGAUGCAAAGUUAUUAUAAAUACGUCCUACCAAACAACAUAGACACAGUCAUAUUGACCAGAAAUAUAAACCUUGUUUGAUUCCAAAGAUAGUAAUGAAAUAAACAAGUCAAGACGCUAUUCCAGCAACUCUAAGGCAAAUUGCAGGAGGAGUAUGAGAGCUGACUUUUGAUGACCUAUUAAUGGUUCAUAGAAAGGCUAAUAAAUUGUCAAUAUAAGAACUACUCUGAGAUGUGCAGUAUGCUUAAAUUUCAGAUAAAUUUAUUGAAAAAAGCAUAUCAAGUCAGGAGGAUCAAAUAUUAUUGAAGGCAAAAUGAAAGUGUUAUAUCUGCCAUUUCUGUGAAACUGUUGUAAAAUUGGUAUAUGAAGCUCGUGAGAACUUAAGCUAACAAAGAUUCUUUGUAGUCAUUGCUUGUUAAAUAUGUAUAUUGAAAUCGUAAACAUUUAAAAGGAGACUGAUAUCUUUCAUACAUUUAAAAUUUUCACUAUUGAUGAGAUCUCAAAAUUCAAAAUUUCUUUACUGGAAUUAAUUUUUGCUACAGAUUGGCUUUGUAACAGAUAAUUUAGUUUUAUCUGCUGACUUCAAUGGAUGAGAAGAGAUUUUUGAGGAAAAAUAAAGAUCAUACUCUGCUUGUAUCUUUUUGCUUACAGUAUCUCUCCAGCGUAUUGUAGUAUCGUUUUAAGGAAAUAGGAGAGGGCAGUUUAAAAAAUGCAUUAGUAAACGUGAUUAACUAAUAAAGCAGCAAUAUGAUUACUAAAAAAAAUAACUGUGAAAAGCAAGUCUACAGAAUGGUUUGGUGCACAGUCUUUUAUCCUUUCUUAAUUUGUAUGAGAUUUUAACUGCAUCUACAUUUUCUUAGAUGUUCAUUAUCUCAUUUCUGUUCAGUUUGUUUCUCAGUAUUUUCCUUUUUUGAAAACUUGGCAGCUUACAUUGCUCUUUGCUUACUAAGAAGCUGUCAUUUAGGGUAUUUCCACGUGCAUGCAACUCAGAUGCUUUGCUUCCAAGAAAAGAAUGGUUGUCUUGUUGAGAAAGGUGACAAAGUUAUUUGUAACCGUAAGGUAAUAAUAACCAUGCUAUUAAAAUGCCGAUUCCUUAAUUUGAGUGGAUUGAAUAGCACUUUACUGAAAAAUUGCAAGAAUUAUAUUCUUAGUCUUUGCCAAUAUGAAUAUUUUAAUGUUUGGGUGCUUUCAUAUAUUUUCAGUAUUUUAUUACUAUGUUGGUAUUUUCUUUGUAUAAUGAAACAGAUGAACAUCUUUUCUAUUUUAAUAUGUUUUAGAAAAAUACAGUUACAAAAUAAAUAUGAGGAAAUGCCUAUUCUUGAAUGUUUAAUCUUUUAAAAAUAACUGUGUCGCUUGAGAUUUUGAUUCUGUUGUCUGCAGGUCCUUAGUAUGAAGGAGAGGUCGAUAUGGUAAUACCCCAUAGUCUGCUGUGUAAUAGAGGUUAGGAUGAUAUUUAUCAGAAAUAUGUAAAAUAGAUGGUUAUAAAUUCUUAGGCAGAGUGCCUAACAUAAGACAGCACAUGAUACUGGCAUGUAAACACUACCAUGGCAAAAAAAAUGCGGAUCUGCACAGUACAAAUAUAUGUAUAUAUAUGUAAAGCUAACUAGUGUUUGAAUAUCACACAGUAAAUGGAAAUAUAUAUGUAUAUUUAGAAGAGCCAAAACCAAAAAAAAGGCCAAGUAACAGCAUUUUUUCUUACAUGGAAAUUGACAGUAGUCUAUUUUAUAUUUUUCUUAUGUGAGAACAUUGUUUCUAUCAUAACGAAACAUGGUGACCAAUCAGUAUAUUCCCAUUCAUCAGUUGUUAUAAGUUCCAAUUGGUAUUGCUGCUUGAUGAGAAAGUUAAUGAUAAACAUUCACUGCACAUAUGAGAUUUAUACCAAAAGUCAGAAGGGCAAGGUGGAGAAACUACAUAAUUGUGUGCUCUUCCCAACAGAGGCUAUUGAACUGGUGUUUCCAGACCAAGUGUUCCUCUAAUUUUGGGCCGAGGAGAAGGAGAAAAAACUACCUUCAUAGAUUUUGGCUCAGAGCAAAUGUAGUUUCCUUGGAUUUGCAAAGAAAUGCUUUGGACCUGAGAACUCAAAUCCAAGUCUCUGGUAUCAGUCUUAACACAACCACCAUCCCAUUUUGUGUUUAUGAUGGAAUCUGAAUUAAAAUACCCUUUGAGUAAUGAUAAUGUAGUCUAACAAAUCCUGUGUGGUGUUUACUGAUUCAAAAUUACAACUUCCUUGUGUUUCCUUAGCCUUGUAUCUGUUAAAAUGAUUGCUGGUUUCAUUUUUGACAGCUUGGAGCAAUAUCUGAACACCUGUUCUUCAAGCCCCAGGGAAAAUGUCAGAAAUGAGGAACAUCAUUUAAAUAAAUAUAGAUGACAACAGUAGUGUGAAAAAGGAGCGUAAACAGAAUUUGUUAAGCUCUUAUUUUCUAGAAUGCUACAGUUGAUAAAUUGCUGAAAGGGAGAGCAAAUCUGGGCAAACACCACAGAUGCUUCAUUAAUCUGGUACAACUAACACUUACAGAUUGAUGAUUAACCUACUGGCAUCUGAAUUACUGUAAUCUGUAUACCCUGAAGUGCAUUUUCCUGUACCGAAGUAGCAUUUACCAUAUUUUCCUUUUUCUUGUAGUUUGUUUUUUUUUUUUUAAUUAAACUUUAAGCUGAUGGUGAUGACUCACAAAAACAUUUUGUACUGUAUAUUAAAGGGAAGUAAUAUUCUCUUCUCGAACUCACAGUUUGAUGAGUUUUGUUCUGCAAAAAAAAAAAAGAUGCAUAAACAUGAGUUCUCAGUCUAGUCUGGAAUUUGGUUGGAAGCCUCAGUAAAGCAAUGCUUGUUCAUGUGAUGAGGGGGGCUGGAGAACAAGUCUUACGAGGAGCGGCUGAGAGAGCUGGGGUUGUUUAGCCUGGAGAAGAGGAGGCUGAGGGGAGACCUUAUUACUCUCUACCUGAAAGGAGGUUAUGGAGAGGAGGGUGCUGGCCUUUUCUCCCAAGUGACAGGGGACAGGACAAGGAGGAAUGGCCUCAAGCUCCACCAGGGGAGGUUCAGGCUGGACAUCAGGAAAAAGUUUUUCACGGAAAGGGUCAUUGGGCAGUGGCACAGGCUGCCCAGGGAGGUGUUUGAGUCCCCGUCCCUGGAGGUGUUUAAGGGACGGGUGGACGAGGUGCUGAGGGGCAUGGUUUAGGGAUUGAUAGGAAUGGUUGGACUUGAUGACCCAGUGGGUCCCUUCUGACCCAGUGAUUCGAUGAUUCUAUGUUAGUUUGUUGCAAUUUUUAAAUGCAAUCCUGAAGAAAGAUGCUUUGAUAUGUAUGUAAUCCUGGAUACUGCUGUUCUAGCGGACAUUGUGAUUGACGUGAUACUUCUUCCUACUUGUAUCAGUUGGUAUAGUGCUGUGUUUUGAUUUAGUAUGAGAAUAAUGUUGAUAACACAUUGAUGUUUUUAGUUGUUGCUAAGUUGUGCUUAUGCUAAAUCGAGGACUUUUCAGCUUCCCCUGUUCUGCCAGUGACAAGGUGCACAAAAAGCUGGGAGGGAGCAUAGCCAGGACAGCUAACCCAACUAGCCAAAGAGUAUUCCAUAACAUAGCACAUCAUACUUAGUAUAUAAACUGGAGGC